UCUUUAGUUACUCGCCGCUUCUCCCUCGUUCCUCCCCUCUCGCUUCAUCCUCUUCUCCGCUCCUCUCUCUCUCUCUCUCUCUCUCUUCGUUGCCUCAUUCUCAUAUUGGGAUCUGCGACGAGGCGCUCCUCUUCUUAUUCUUCUUAUCCUUCUUCUUCCUAGUAUUCGUCUUGUUUAUUAAUAAUCCUCACUCACUCCCAACCACGUCAUUAGCUAAUAUUUUUAAUCACUGAAUGUCGAAGCAUUAAUCGAGCUCUACUCUCUAUAUAAGUACCCGAAGAAGGAAAUGCUCGUUGCGAUCGGAUUCCGCUAGGGUUUCUUCGCCCUGAUGCGCGAACCCUAACGCGUUCGAUCGGAGGUUGCGGGGGAAGGGGAAUGGCGGAUUUCCGUCAGAAGCAGGGCGCGGCCGAUCGGGAGUUCCGGCGGGGACUCGAGGAGCUCGUCCGCGGCCACAUCGACGGGUGCAUGAGCUCCGCCACCGCCGCCGCCGCAUGCAGCUCCGGCGGCGGGGACGAGGACGAGGGCGGCGGCGGCGGCGGAGGAGGAGGAGGAGAGCAGGUGGCGCGGCGGAGGCGGAGGUCGGACCUGGAGGGGGACGACAUCGCGGAGACGUCGGCGGCGGCGCGGCGGCAGUCGCGGAUCAUGAGCCGGUGGGUGGCGCGCCAGGCGGAGGAGAUGAUGAUCACCACCAUGGAGCGCCGCAACCGCGAGUCGGAGCUGAUGGCGCUCGCGGGGCUCCACACCGUGUCCAUGCUCGACGCCUCCUUCCUCCGCGAGUCCCGCGGCGCGUCCCGCUCCCCCGUCGAGCGCCCCGCCGCCGCGCGCGCCUCCUCAGUCCUCCAGCGCUGGCGCGAGCUCGAGGGCGCCGAAUCCGCCGGGGAUCGGAGGCGAUCUCCCGCCCCCGCCCCGCCGGAGCGCCGCGCUGCCGAAGCCCGUCGCUGGGCCCCACGGCUUCCCGUCGAAGACGACGACGACGACGACGGCGGUAGGGGGUCCAGCAGAGAGCAAUCCCCCGAACUCGGCGACGUUGAGAGGGAGAGAGUGAGGCAGAUUCUUCGGGGUUGGACGGCGGAGACCGGAACCACGGACUCGUCGGCGGCGUCUCGCAACUCCGCCGGUGGCGAUAGCCCGAGGGCGGAGUGGCUCGGCGAGACCGAACGAGAGAGGGUGAGGCUGGUGAGGGAGUGGGUUCAGAUGGUGAGCCAGAGAGACUCCCCAGGGAGUAGGAGUAGGAGAGAGGAGAGGGAAUUGCCGGCCGCCGACCACGAGGAGGGUCAGCCGGAGAAUGCGAGGAGAGACCUGCUGAGGCUGCGAGGAAGGCAAGCUCGGCUCGAUCUCAUCAUGCGGAUUGUUAGAGACAGGCAGAGUGAGCUUCAGGGAUUGUCGGAGCAUCGCGCCGUUUCAGAUUUCGCUCACCGGCAGCGCAUCCAGUCAUUCCUUCGAGGUAGAUUCUUGCGUAAUGGAAGGCCUGCAGAGGAUGAGAGACCACCAUCCAUGGCAGCUCGAGAAUUAGGCCUGUUGAGACAGCGGCAUCCUGUCUCUGGCUUGAGGGAAGAACUUCGCUUCAGACUUGAAAACAUUAUCCGUGGUCAAGCAAGUAGCCAUUCAGAGUUUUCUAGUAUGCGCAACAAUGAUGGCUCCAGAAAUGACCAGCCACAGGGUCAUAACACAAAUGUCUCGAGAAAUGAUGAGUCUCACAGGACUAUGGCAUCAGAGGAAUUAAAUGAGAACCCCAUCCUUCCUCAAACUAACGUUCAGAAUACUGAGGUACAUCCACAAACAGAGGUGCACACAACUGUUGAGAUCCCAAACAGAAGCAUAUCAAAUGUUGAUAGUGUACAGCGAGAUUCAGUUUCCCAAGAACAAAAUUGGCGAGAGGAAGAGUAUGGUGCAGGGCUUCAUGAAAGAGGGGGGACUGAGGAAGAACCUGUUAUGAACUGGCGGGAAAAUGUGGACCAUGAAUGGGCACGUGAGAUACCUGAAGAUGAAGAUGGAGAGAAUAGCCAUUUCCAAGAAGUGAACGAGGACUGGCAUGAGGAUGAUACUCGAGAGUCUGUAACAAACUGGCAAGAAGUAAUUUUAGAUCCUCCAACAGGUGAACAGUCCAUUCCGAGCAGAAGAAUCAGCAGGUUUAGUCUUCCUGAUGAUGACAAUGUCUAUGGCAUGGAGCUCAGGGAGCUACUAAGCAGGCGGAGCGUUUCAAAUCUUCUUAGCAGUAGCUUCCGUGAAAGUUUGGACCAAUUAAUACAGUCCUAUGUUCAAAGACAAGGCCGCUCUCCCUUCGGUUGGGAUCUUGAAGGAACAUUGCCAACUCCUGCUUCGCUUGAGGAAGAUCAAGCUGAGAAUGAAGGUGAUAAUCCAAACGAGGCUCAGCAGGAUCCUGUUUCUCGACCUCAACUUGUGCUACAACCUCCUCCAGUUCCUCCUCCCCCACCUCUACGGCCCUCAGAAUUACAUCGUAGUGAUUGGACUCGACAGAGCGUGCAUCGAACAGAAAUUGAUUGGGAAAUCAUCAAUGAUCUAAGGGCUGAAAUGGCCAGACUACAGCAGGGAAUGAGUAAUUUGCAACGGAUGUUAGAAGCAUGCAUGGAUAUGCAACUAGAGUUACAACGCUCGGUCAGACAGGAAGUUUCAGCUGCUUUAAAUCGAUCUGCAGGAGGACAAGGAAUGGGUGCAGAGACAUCAGAGGAUGGAUCGAAAUGGAGUCAUGUGAGGAAAGGGACUUGCUGUGUCUGCUGUGAUGGUCAUAUCGACUCCCUUCUUUACAGAUGUGGGCACAUGUGUGCGUGUUCAAAGUGCGCAAAUGAGUUGGUUCGUGGGGAUGGCAAGUGUCCUUUGUGCCGCGCACCCAUCGUUGAGGUAAUCCGAGCAUAUUCCAUACUGUAACAAGUAGGUAGGAGGAGAAAAAAGGGAUUAAAUUGCAAGGGCAUUGAGUUUCUCAGCGGAAUUUGUAUGUUAUGUUCAUCGAUGCUGUAAUUGUAUUUUUCCAUUCUUUCGCAGCCGGUCAUUUGGUGAUUUUUGAUGAUUUUGAAUUUUGAUGAACUUACUAAUGGCACAUUAUUCAUCAUUAAUCUCCCAAUAAGUGAUUUAAUCUUACUCCCCUUUUCUUUUGGUUUC